ACGCCGGUCCUGGCCGCACUCUGUGCGCCCGGGGCUUCCCGCGCGACCCUCCCCUUGCAGGUUCCAGGAGCACGUGUGGGCGCUGCCUGCCGUCUGCCUGCGUCCCCGAGCCCGCACUCUCCAUUCCUGCUCCUGCCAGCUAGCUUUUGGGGGGACUAGAGUCACGGACUGGGGCGAGGAGUCCUCGUGCAUGGGUCCCACAGUGGUCUAGCCUUCCCCGGCGGGGGCCGGGAGUCAAGGCUCAGAUCCCUCGCCUGCUGGGAGAGUAUCCGGACCUCAGACAUCUGGGGGCCUGCAGGUCCGACUGCGCCCGGGAGUUCUCUGCCUGUGUAGCUCCCCACAGCCACUACUACCCUUCAGAAUGGCCAACAGGGGACCUGCCUACGGCCUGAGCCGGGAGGUGCAGCAGAAGAUUGAGAAACAGUAUGACACAGACCUGGAGCAAAUCCUGAUCCAGUGGAUCACCUCCCAGUGCCGCAAGGAUGUGGGCCGGCCUCAGCCUGGCCGGGAGAACUUCCAGAACUGGCUCAAGGAUGGGACGGUGCUUUGUGAGCUCAUUAAUGGACUGUACCCCGAGGGCCAGGCCCCAGUAAAGAAGAUCCAGGCCUCCGCCAUGGCCUUCAAGCAGAUGGAACAGAUCUCUCAGUUCCUGCAAGCAGCCGAGCGCUAUGGCAUCAACACCACUGACAUCUUCCAGACUGUGGACCUCUGGGAAGGGAAGAACAUGGCCUGUGUACAGCGGACACUGAUGAAUCUGGGUGGGCUGGCAGUAGCCCGAAAUGAUGGGCUCUUUUCUGGGGAUCCCAACUGGUUUCCUAAGAAAUCCAAGGAGAACCCUCGGAACUUCUCAGAUAACCAGCUGCAAGAGGGCAAGAAUGUGAUAGGGUUGCAGAUGGGCACCAACCGCGGGGCAUCUCAGGCAGGCAUGACUGGCUAUGGGAUGCCACGCCAGAUCCUCUGAUCCUGCCCUGCCCCUGCCCCGCACUCCCAUGGAUGGUUAAUAUAUAUAUAUAUACAUAUAUAUAUUUGUUUUUUAGCAGUGACAUUCCCUGAGAGCCCCCAGAUCACCUCUGCCAGGGUUGGGGACUGGCCUGGCCUGUCUCCUCUGGAGGUGCCCAACGGUGGCCUCUCUCCAUACUUACUAAUACAUUCCAAUUCCUUUCCCCAGAACCACCAAAACUGGACCAACUGGCCACUUCUUUUCCCCUGGGACCAAAAUUUGGGGGUUCCCCCCAAUUCCUCUUCUCUUUCCCUCUGAUCUCUCCUCCCCCGGGCCUUGUGCCCUCAAUCCAUUCCUUGGCUGGAGGUCAGGGCUGCUGCCUCCUGGCCUUCCUUCCACAAGCUGAGGCUGCAGGGAUUUAAUUUAUAGGGAGGGGCCUGUGGCAGCUACCACUCCAACCACAGCUGGACUGCGUUCACCACACAUCUGGGGCAGCCUUCCCUAGCAGAGGCCCUCUUGGCUUCUCAUUUUCCAUUCCUCCAUUCCUCUUGCUGUGGCUAAGGGGUGGCAGUGAGGGGACAGGGGAGAGAGAGCUGCCCACCAUGGUCUGGGCCUUGAGGAAUGUGCGUUUGCUGAUUUAAAUAAAGAAUCCCAGUCUUUUUUCGAUGGA